GUGUAACAUACGUGCACUCUCGACACUGUUCAACGGUUUGUCUCCGGAGGAUAUAGAGAAGAAAAUGCUUUCACCGUUCGAGGCGUUUACGACAGUGGAACCGGGUCGACAGAUUAUUUCAGUGGCUGGGUCGACCCGGCUGGGAAUCUACGGGUCGGAUAUCGGGUGGGGGAAACCGUUGAAGGUAGAGAUAGUGACGAUCGAUAAGGACACGUCGGUUUCGUUGUCAGAGAGUAGAGAUGGAACCAGCGGUGUUGAGAUUAGGCUUUGCUUGACGAAAGAUGACGUGGAACGGUUUGCUAUUGUGAUGCUAUCGGAGGGAGACGUGUGUGUGAGUGUCGAGUGUGCACAUGUGUCAAACAUCCAGAGGAAUGGCGUCGAUGGAUUUUGCAAGUUGGUUUAAAAGGGUAAUUCGUUGUGAGGCCUACCAUCUGAUCUCUUGCGUGUUGUCUAGAGAUUCUCUUGCUCCGUAAAAGUCACAAAGUAUGUACACAAAUUUCAUACGUAUCUUUCACUGUUUCACAUGCUUUGUCUUCUUCUUUUUCGAAUUUCGUUUCUUAAUUGUUUUGACCGGUAUCUACAUAUACAUUUCACAAUAUUACGAUAUAUGAGUUUGAAUGGUGGAUUGGUCCAUGUGUUCAGCGCAAUCUAAGUUACAGUUAUUUUGGUUAGCUCAAUGCAAUCCAUAGAAGAUAUUAAACAAAAAGUUUAUUUUUUUCCACGAACAAAAAGUUUCUAAUCAAAGCAAAAGCGACAGAUAGGAACAACCCAAUUCCAAGAGCAAAUUCCACGUGUCAACUUCUCCAUGAGAGAACGUAGCGGGACAUGUGACGAUAAAGAAGAUAAUGUGAUUUUUGAUAAUAAAACGAUGACACGUGACGACCUGUCGCCACAAAAUCCACAUCUUGCAACGUGAAUACCACUGAGCAUGUGACACGUCUACGCUUUCCGCUACGAGUCUUGUUUUUGUUCUCGAUGUCUGAA